CCUCUGAGCUGAGCUUAAAUCCGUCAAUGGCGUCACUCAUUCAUCUCUUUCCGCAUUCUCCCCUCGUACAUUCCAGCUCCUUCCCUCACCCUCUCCUUCUUCCCGCUUCGAAGUCAAAUCUCUCUGCCAAAGCCUCCAUUAACGGGCUCGUCAGCGAUGUCGAGUCGACAAAACCCGCUCGCCGCCGCAAGAAGCCGGCUGGCUCCUCGAAGAAGCCUAGCCGCUCGAGGAAAGCUCCCUCCGACGAUGAGGCACCGGCGGACCUCGACACCGACGACGACGUUGAGUCCUUCGACGACGGGAUGGACUUCCCCUACGACGACCCUCCCCUGAUCUGCUGCUUCGGGGCGGCACAGAAGGAGUUCGUCCCGUCUGUCCGGGUCCACGACAACCAGAUGCAUCCGGACAUCUACUCCCAGUGGAAGAUGCUCCAGUGGGACCCGCCAGAGUUUGCCCGCUCCCCGGGCGGGCCGGUCUCCAACGUUGCCAUCUCCCAUGUCAGGCUCGGGGGCAGGGCGGCUUUCAUGGGAAAGGUCGGGAGGGACAUCUUCGGGGACGAGCUGGUGCUGAUGAUGAACAAAGAGCACGUCCAGACAAGGGCGGUGAAGUUCGAUGAGAAGGCGAAGACGGGCUGCAGUUAUAUGAGGAUCAAGUUCGAUGAGAACGGGAGGAUGGGGAUGGAGGCUGUGAAGAACUCGGCGGAGGACAGCUUGCUCGGUUCCGAUUUGAACCUUGCUGUGCUCAAAGAGGCUAGAGUCUUCCACUUCAACGCGGAAGUCCUCACAUGCCCUUCCAUGCACUCGGCCCUUUUUCGGGCGAUCAAGAUCUCAAAGAAGUUCGGGGGCCUCGUAUUCUUUGAUCUGAACUUACCCCUUCCCCUGUGGAAAUCACGGGAUGAGACACGGGAAGUCAUCAAGAAGGCAUGGGAAGAAGCCGAUCUAAUUGAGGUCUCAAGGCAGGAGCUGGAGUUCCUACUUGACGAAGACAACUAUGAGAGAAAGAGAAACUACCAGCCCCAGUACUAUGCUCAGAACUUCGAGCAGACUAAGAACCGCCGAGACUAUUACCACUACACUCGUGAGGAGAUCUCUCCCCUGUGGCACGAUAAGCUCAAGCUCUUGUUCGUGACUGAUGGGACUCUUCGGAUCCAUUACUAUUCCCCCGAGUUCGAUGGGGUGGUGGUUGGCACCGAAGAUGUUCUGAUCACUCCUUUCACCUGCGAUCGUACAGGUUCUGGAGAUGCCGUUGUCGCAGGGAUCUUGAGGAAGCUCACGACUUGCCCCGAGAUGUACACUAACCAAGAUACCCUCGAGAGACAGCUGAGAUUUGCAAUUGCGGCUGGAAUCAUAUCGCAAUGGACGAUUGGUGGGGUCAGGGGGUUUCCAACUGAAAGCGCCUCGCAAAACCUGAAAGAGCAGGUUUACGUGCCUUCCAUGUGGUAGAGCCAUCCUGGAGCUGCUUGAAAUUUUGGGGUUCCUGCAAUUCACACUUGCCACAAGACAUGAGGAGGCUCUUUCGGUUCACAACUCUGUAGAUGGUUUGUGUUGCUCGUAGAUUCAAUGACUCUUGAGCUGAUUGCAGACGACUCAGUGAGCCUUUUGUGAAAGAAAUGUACCAUCGGUUGAGCCGGUCGGCAAUGAUCGAGCAAAGCUUCAUUGUAUGGCCUUGUGAUUGUUUAAAGGGAAACAAUGAGUUAAUCGCGGAAGAAAGA